UGUAUGUGUGAGAGAGCAGGAGAGAGAGAGAGAGCGAGAGAGAUGAGUGUGUGUAAGCGGUGUGUGUAAGCACCAAGCACCGGGGAUCCUGAGCCUGGAGGGGAACCGUGUGACGAGAGGGGGGCUCUUCUGCCUGUGGAUGUAUGUGCCAGGACAGCGUUUUUUGUUUUUCUUCUGCAGGCGAGCGUACAUGUGCGUGAAUGUGUGUGUGAGACUGGGAGUGUGGGGCAUGCCAGCGUGCGUGUGUGUGUAACAGUGUCGUCGAUCAGCAGCGGGCUCUUCGCAUUAUGCAGCCGACGGUGCUCAUCACACUUUGAGGACUGACUCAUCUACACCGGGCUGUGGAGACCGAAGAGACGAAAGAAGAAAGAAAGACAGAUGGAUGGCAAGACAGGAAGACAGUUUUAGGCUCUUGACGCUUCGGGUCCCUCUAGACUGUCCAAAGGUCUAGUCCAUUUGUGGGACGCCAGUAGCUUCACACCAGCCCCCCCUCAAAUUGGAAUUGCAGACACAUAGCCAGACAGGUUGCCAAAAUUGCCCAAAAAAAAAACCUGAAAGAAAAACAAAACCCCAGUUGUCCUCUGACGCUUUUCAACUGUGCUCCACGGAGUAGAACAAGAGGGUCUCCUUUCUCUGCGGGGUCUUUUUUCGCUUGACAUCGUUCUUUUUACCGGGGGGGGGGUUGCAGGAUCCUAUCCCGGCACCGAGGGGAGAGAUAAGAGGCUGGCAGACGAGACGGGACAGACGCAGGCAUGGCUCGCCUCAACUGGUGCCUGGCUGCCGUCGUCAGCUGGGGCAAGUUCCUCUUCGCCUGCUUCUUCCCUCUGCGGGGGGCCAAGCGAGACAAGCCUGAAGAGCUGGAGGGCGUCCACACACACACCUUCAAGCUGAAGCCGUUCAAGAAGGUCGUGAGUUGUGAUAUAUGCAAGCAGGCCAUCACCAAGGAGGGCUUCAUCUGCAAAGUGUGCAAGUUGUCCCUUCAUAGAAAAUGUGAAUCCAAGGUCACCACAUCAUGUCAGAUACCGAACAGCAAUGAGCCGCCUCCCACUCCUCAGCUGGCAUUAAAGCAUGUAGGUACGCCGGCAUCAACGAGGUCCUGCAAGAGUGUGGAGAUAAGGCGAAAGCAGUCGGGGGCACAGACUGCGGUACAGGCCAUGGAGGAGAGCUAUGAGGUGGACCUGGUCUACAUCACGGAGAGGAUCAUCUCCGUGUGUUUCCCCGCCGGCGCCGAGGAGCGCAGCUACACCACCAACCUGAAGGAGGUGGCCACCAUGCUGCGCUCCAAACACGGGGAGCACUAUCUGAUCCUCAACCUGAGCGAGUAUAGGAGUGACCUUUCCAAGUUAAACCCAAAGGUUCUGGAGUUUGGCUGGCCGGACCACCAUGCGCCGGCGCUGGAUAAGAUCUGCAGCAUGUGCAAGGCCAUCGACACGUGGCUCAAUGGAGACCCCCGCAACGUGGUGGUGCUACACAACAAGGGGAACCGAGGACGCACGGGGGUGGUGGUGGCUGCGUACAUGCACUACAGCAACAUCUCCGCAAGUGCUGACCAGGCGUUGGACAGGUUCGCCAUGAGACGCUUCUACGAAGACAAAGCACUUCCUGUGGGUCAGCCCUCACAGAUAAGAUAUGUGCAAUACUUCAACGGCCUUCUUUCCGGACACAUCAAAAUCAACAACAAGCCCCUGUUCCUGCAUCACGUCAUCAUGCACGGCAUACCCAACUUUGAGGCCAAAGGAGGCUGCCGUCCGUUCCUGAAGGUCUACCAGGCAAUGCAACCAGUCUAUACGUCAGGAAUAUACAAUGUACAAGGAGACAGCAACACCAGUAUCUGCAUCACUAUUGAACCCGGGCUGCUUCUGAAGGGAGACAUCCUGCUGAAGUGUUACCACAAGAGGUACAGGAACUCCACCCGAGACGUGAUGUUCAGGGUGCAGUUCCACACCUGCGCCAUCCACGACCUGGGGGUGGUGUUUGGGAAGAACGAGCUGGACGAGACCUUCAAAGGUAACGGCACUUCGGAUGAGAGGUUCCCAGAGCAUGGGAAGGUGGAGUUUGUUUUCUCAUAUGGACCAGACAAAAUCAGAGGCCUAGGACACCUGGAGAACGGGCCAAGUGUUUCUGUGGACUACAACACCCAAGAUCCUCUGAUCCGCUGGGACUCAUACGAGAGCUUCAGCCAGCGCUGUGAGGAGACUGUGGACGGAGAGCUCGAUGUUGUUCACACCCAAGGUCCACUUGAUGGAAGUCUAUAUGCCCGGGUCCGCAAGAAAGACUCCCUGGAGGGAGUUGUCACCAUCAAUGGCCUCCCAGUCCAUGAAAACCCCUUGACCAAUGUUGAGAACCCAUUACAAAACCCCAGCCAUCCUCUCCAAACCACUGACCAAACCAUACCUGUGACAGGCCACGCCUCCCUUCCCGCUGUUGACCACACCCUCUCUGUGAGCAGCGACUCAGGCAACUCUACCGCCUCCAUCAAGACUGAUCGUACUGAUGAGCACAGCCAGUCCUUACAGGGCGCCGUAAACCCCGCCAACCCAACAGCGACCCAGCCGCCGCUCAGUCCGCAGGAAAAAAGAGAGCUCGACCAGCUUCUGAGCGGUCUCGAAGCAACAACUCAGCAGAGACAAGCCUACCUGUCCACAUCCAACAGUCCAGGAGGUGGUGUCCGACACUUGGUCCCAGCGCAGGUGCAUGUGAACGGGGGCCACACCAGGCUAAUUGGCGCCCCUUCAACAGAGGAGCGUGAGACGGAUAUUCUAGACGACGAGCCACCCAAUAGUCAAGAGGGAAACAGCGUGGACAGCUUGGGCACGCUCUCGUCUUUAGAGGGCCACGCCACACCGGCUGACCUCUACUACCAAUCACAGACACCCAGCAGUAGGCCAAACGACGGACCCUACCUUGAGAGAGUUGUUAUUGGGGAAAAGUUGAGCGAAAUGCCCGUGCAUGGAGUACGAACGCCCACGGCGUUGCAAGAGAUGUCUGUGGACUCUGCAUCGCCACAGGGGGGAUACAACAACUACCAGAAUGGAGGAGGGAUGUACCGAUCACAGUCAUUUGGGAAUCAGCCAGCCAGUAGCCCUGAGACCAACCCCAAACUGAUGCCCAGGGCCCCGGAGAGGAGCACCAGCAGCCGUGAGGCUGUUCAAAGAGGUCUCAACACCUGGCACCAGUAUAGCCUCCCAGAUGAUCCGUUUGGCCCCCCUCUUCAGUCAACCCACAGCCUGCCCCACUUCCCCACCUCCGCCUCGCAGCGGGACAUCGAGCAGUCCAUCGAGGCGCUAAACAUGCUCAUGCUCGACCUGGACCCAAUCAACUCCCUCAUGUCUAAGUCCCAUAGUGCUCCUCCUGGGGAGAACAGCCUCAAUUCAUCCCAGGCGCCAUUUUCACAGACCCUCGCAAGACCCUCAUACCAGGCAGACUCUGCUAUCCAUGGUUACAACAACUCAGGGUCUGUCAACAGCAACUUCCAUCAGCCCCAGCGGUCACCUGGGAGAGUCUCAGCGUUGCCCAACCAGAGCCCAGUGACGGAAUCGUCAGUCUACUCUCCCCAGAGGUCCAACACUGGCUACCAACACCAAAACAUCACCCCAACACACACCCCAGAGCCCUACCUCCAAACACGCCAAGCAGCCCACCAAUACCCUUCAGAUCCAUCCCCUAAUUUCAAACAGCAGGUUCCAGUUAAGCCUGUGAACUCCCACCCAGGAGGCGGGGUUUCCCACUCCCCAGACCUGCAGGGCUCGUCUCCUUAUCCAGGCUACAGUGCCUCUUCCUCUCCUCUCCCAACAAUCACCCCCCAGCCCAAGGAAACAUCUUCUUCAUCCUUGCCCAGAGAACAAGAGGCCGAGGAGGAGACGCUCAACCUGGGGGGCCUGGUGGCUCAACGCAUCGCCGAGUACAACGCUCGUAUUCGGGGCAUCAGUGCUAGCAUGACACCGCAAGAAUCUGACCGCCAUCGCUCCUUUUCCUUCUCUGGGGUACGCUCCAGAGGAAUGACCCCAGAAGUGACUCAGGAGAAGGGUCGGGGUCGGCGUCGGACCACCAGUGAGGGACAGUACCAGAGCAGCCAUGACAACACGUCGGUGGUGGAUUCACCGGACUUCACCCACAAUCUGGCCCUCAACCCGGGAGGAAGACCCAGAGAGGGUCAGAUGCACAGCUACCGGGAGGCGUUUGGAGACGACGAUGCGGAAGGGUUUCCCAACAGUCCCACCUUCAGAGGCGGUGGUGAGAAUUCCCCCCAGACCCCCAGCUUCCCCGUGUCGCCACAGACUCCUUACUUCAACUUGUCUCGCUCUCCUCCAGGUCUGAUGAAGACUCCUCUGUCAGCGCUGGGCCUGAAGCCUCAUCACCACGCUGGAUCAGACUCUGAUUCUAAUGAUGGAGAUCAAGAUAAUCGCUAUUUUGGGGAGUCCAGAGGGUUCAACUUUCCUCUUUCCUCCAGCAGUCCCAUCCACAGCGCUGAUGGAAGGAGGGUUGGUUCUUCCGAUGGCGCCCCUCAUCCCUCUCCCUCCUACUCCAACAGACCCGGGUCCCCUGAGGGGUCCCAGGUCAGCGUCAUGGGGGUCCACACGGUCCCCGGGAGCCCCAACACGCUGCACCGCACCGUGGCCACCAACACGCCGACCAGCCCCGCCCUGCAGAGACGCCUGGGCCAGGGCAGCCCCUCGCUGGGCCGACAACCAGCCGCCGUCCCCUCCAGCCCUCUGAUUGGCCGGAGCCCUAAAACAGUAGGCGGUGGCGGGGUGCCCCCCAGCCCCCUGAUGGGGCGGCGCAUGGCGGGGAGCGGGCACAGCACGCCCGACGAGUUGGGUGCUGCCUCCCGCCAGGGGAGCGCCCAGCCCCCCUCCACCCCCGCCUUCCCCGUCUCCCCCCAGCUGCCGGAGAAGAGGCACAUGUCCAGCGGGGAUGCGGAGAGGACGGACAACAAGAACCUGACCCCAGCCAGCGGGGGCAGCACGCCAAACCUGACCGGCACACACACUCUGACCGGCACACACACUCUGCCCGACGGCCCCAAGUCCAUAUACGAUGGCUAUCCGGACAUUAAGAUGAACGUCAAGUUUGUUCAGGAUACGUCCAAGUACUGGUACAAGCCGGACAUCACCAGAGAGCAAGCCAUCAAUGUGUUGAAGGACAGGGAGCCGGGGGCCUUCGUCAUCAGGGACAGCCAUUCCUUCAGAGGAGCCUACGGCCUGGCCAUGAAGGUGGCCUGCCCCCCACCCACCAUCCAGCAGAACAAGAAAGUUGGUGACUUGACCAAUGAGCUGGUGAGGCACUUCCUGAUCGAGACGAGCCCUAAAGGAGUGCGUCUGAAGGGCUGUCCCAACGAGCCCUACUUUGGCUGUCUCUCUGCUCUGGUGUACCAACACUCCAUGACUCCGCUGGCUCUGCCCUGUAAGCUCAUGAUCCCCGCCAAAGACCCAAAUGAAGAGGCGCUGGAACUCGCCACCCCCACUGAUCCAACGGUUGAACUCCUGAAGCAGGGAGCAGUUCAGAAGGUUCCUGAGGAGGCUCAUGCGUGCAACGUUCUCUACAUCAACUCUGUGGACAUGGAGUCCCUGACGGGGCCUCAGGCCAUCGCCAAGGCUAUCAGUCAGACGCUGGAGAGCAACCCUCUGCCCGCAGCCACCAGCGUGCACUUCAAAGUGUCCACGCAGGGCAUCACGCUCACCGACAGUCAGAGGAAGCUUUUCUUCAGGCGACACUAUCCCAUUAACACGGUGACCUUCUGUGACAUUGAUCCCCAGGACAGAAAGUGGGGCAAAGAAGGAGGUGGCUCAGUGAAGCUUUUUGGAUUUGUGGCGAGGAAACAAGGAAGCACAACAGACAAUGUGAGCCACCUGUUCGCGGAGCUGGACCCAGAUCAGCCCGCCUCCGCCAUCGUCAGCUUCGCCUCCAAGAUGAUGAAGCGGUGAAACCUUUGGCGUCCGAAUGGCAGCGGCCAUUUUGAAAUCUUCCUCCGUCAUUGGAGUCGCCGGGACUCGAUGGUGUCCUUUUUCUUUUCUGUUUCCUGUCGGUUUGUUUCUGUUUCCCUUCUCUCUCUUUUUCUCUCUGCCUUGCUGGUUUGUCUUGACUUUUUUGGAAGAGGUGAAGGAUUUUGGCGUGGAUCCAGAGCGGGUUGUAGAGGAAGUGCGGUGUGGAGCUGAGAACGUGACAAACACGAAGGCCAUUGAAGGGAGAAAAUCUACUAACGGGGGGAAAACCUGUACUAGAAGAAAAAUGCUGGCUAAAGACUAAAGGAACAAUGCUAAGUUCAGUCGAGGAACGCGUGAAGACUCGUAUGUUUCAGGGGUUUUCUGUUGUCGUUUUUUGUUGAUUGAUUUACCAAAGGUAGUUGCAAUACAAGUGCAAGAAUGAUGUAGCUAUUAAGCCAUUAUUAUUUCCUCUUUUCAAAAGAUGAAGAAAAAAAAAAAAAAAGAGAUUUCUUCUUGAACUCGUCUUCAGGAAAAAAAAUGUUGGCCUUGAUGGCUUUUAGCAAAACAGAGUCUGAAGACCUUAUGCAUGUUAGCUUGAUCUUUAAGCUUGGUUCUUCUACCUUCCACCAAACUCAUCUUGAAAUCCUUUAGAGUGGUCGCUUCCAGGUCUGAUGUGCGUCAGAAAGGGCUCUGCAGUGACCAAUGGGAACUGCAAACCAGACUUUGAAAAAAAAAAAGAAGGAAAAAAAAGUGCACAGAUGCAUCACCUCGGCCUCCGGUCCAAGCCUGACCACCCCUCCUCUCGCUUUUAUGGGAUUACUGUCCUGGAAAUCAGCAACUCCUGAUCGCAUGGCAGACGGAGAGAGACCACAAGAUGGCGCCACUCAUCCAGGCUUGGACCCCCUUCCCCCUCCCUUCCCCCUUCACCAACUGCUUGCAGUAGUGGAUCUGUUGAUAGACACUGAAACACACUGGAGAUCACCAGGGACUGGCCCCAAUGACCUGGACCUAUGCACUGUUCUUUAUGCAUGUUGUUGUCCCAAAUUGCACCCCCCCCUCCCCCUCCCCUUCCCUCUCCCUCAUAGCUACAUUCAACAUCACUGAAAACAUUCUAUGCUGUGUGCUAAAAAUGACUUUAAAACCUCCGGACACUGAGGUUGUAUGACUUGUCAAAGACUGCAUGAAAACUUUUUGUACUCUGAAAAAAAAAAUAAGAGUCCUGAAAAAGAAGUAGAACAACCCAUUGUUGAAGUAGUCACAUGAUGGUGAGAUGCUUUAUUUUUCCUUCAUUUUUCUUUAGUUUUUGGUCCAUUUGAGCCAGGGUUACCUUUCACUGUAUCGAGGACAGUCCCGUCUUUGUUUUUUCCUUCCACAGUGUCGUCAAAAUUUACAUUUAGAUACCUUUUAGGGCAAAAAGAUUAAAAAACUUAAGGAGUUUCCACACUGUGCGCCAAUGCCUGCUUGUUGAACACACGCUCAACCACUCACAAUAAGCUAAGGAAAAUUGAUAUUGAUAUAAAUGUACAUAGAUAUACUACUUUGAAAGGUGACAUAGCGAAAAAGUAUUUAUUUUUGUUGCUUUGGUCCCUCAUGAUUACUCAUAUAUACAUAUAUUGUACAGUCUAGAUAAAUAAGAUUACCUAACGGGGUUGAGAAAAAAAGAUAUACUUAUUUUGGCUAAUGAUUUCAAAGUCUGACGAUUUUGAAAUGUGUUUGAAUAUAUGGUGUACAUUACUUUGUACAUGUAUAUGUUUUAUUUUAUUUUUUUCGGCUUGUCAUGUUUUUCAUUUUAAGUUUUUGCGUUCUCUCAGAACGAGGUAGGGCAUGAGUGAGAUAGAAGCGUCUGAAUUGCAUGGACAGAAGCAUUUGAGCGCUUUUUCGACAGCUCACAGAAGCUAACGCGUCGUAGAUGGUAGAUGAUUUUUUGAAAAAGGGAAGCACGCUAAAAAUGUCAGGAGCAAACCCUCUAAUGCAAUAUGAAAACAGCACCCAUGACAGUUACAAUUAUGAUUUUGCCAAAGAUUCAAAACACUAUGGUGCAUGUCGCUUUUACUCCAUUUUUCUGUUCCGCACACGUUUUGCUCAGCUCAGUACGUGCAGAAAUGUGUGUUUUUGGUCAUUUCAUUUACACAGGGGGGCCUGGGGUUUACACAUCCACCAUGAAGACCUUUUUUUUGUGCAGACCUCCAUCGCCCGGUCCGCUGUGUCCCGGUUAGAAGUGUGUAAACGAAGCACUUACAUUCACAAUGCCAAAAGAAGAGUCCAAAUUGGAGGUAAAUUAAGUCGGACGUGUCUCUGUCAGACUGCCAAAAGGUUUCUGCUCCGGCCCUCUCGAAAAGUCACUGAUUUAUUUAUUCUUAUUUAUUCUUUGUUUUAAAAAAAAAUAUCGGUUUCAUUGUCAUUAUCGCAGUUCAGUGUUAAAGAAUGGAAGAAUGUGUGGCGGCGCUUUGUUUAAAGCAAAGAGGUUCAGUGCAAAUGAUUGACUACUAACAAAGCAAUUUUUUGGGAUAAAUAAAAAAAGAAUAAUCUCCUAAUUGAAAAAAGCAUUUUGACCUGUUGGCUUUGAGUCGAGCGUUGCCAUGUUUCAGUGAAAAAGAAGUGAUUUCAGUGACCCGGUGUACAGAUAGGACUUGUUGAAUGAAUGUGCUACAAUGAAUGUACAAAAGGGUCUCAGAUUUUGUUUGCGCUUAUCAUUUACAUUAUAUUGUCAUGGCUUACCUGUUCCUAAGGAGAAAAAAAAACAUUAAAGCAAUACAAAUCAGUUACAUUCAA